UGACAUCACGCUAGAGCGCGCCGGCCAAACAGCUUCAGUGUUGGGGCCCUUGAAAUACCAAUAGGGUGCUGUAUUGUUGCAGUGUCGGCUAUUGGCGGAAGAGACUUUGGAGACCGAGAGAAACAAGAUGGGGGUGAAGCUGGAGGUGUUUCGGAUGACACUCUACCUCACCUUCCCUGUGGCUAUGUUCUGGAUUGCCAAUCAGGCCGAGUGGUUUGAGGACUAUGUCAUACAGCGCAAGAGGGAGCUGUGGCCACCUGAGAAGGAGGGCCAGCGUCAAGAGCUAGAAGAAUUCAAAGAGAGGAUACGGAAGCAGCGGGAGGAAAAGCUCCUUCGAGCUGCCCAGCAAGGCCCCUGAGGCCUCCAUGUUCUUGAGUUCUAGUCCCUCCAGCCACCAAAUAACACACAUAGUCAUUCCUUUGUU